UGAGAGGAGUUUGAAGUAUCCCACAAUGCAUUUUACCGGCGGCCAUAUUUGAAGCAGAUCACCGAUUUCCCCGAAUCGAAGGCGUGGGUGAAAAUUUAACAAAGAAUAACCGAUAAAAAUGGCCGAACAGGAUUCCAAAACAGACGGACACGGAAACAGUGAUGAGUACAUCAAACUUCGAGUUGUUGGACAGGACUCCACAGAAAUCCACUUCAGAGUAAAGCUGACCACACAGAUGGGAAAACUAAAAAAGUCCUAUAGUGAGAGACAAGGUGUUCCUGUGAGCUCAUUACGGUUUUUAUUUGAUGGCAAGCGAAUAAACGAUGAUGAAACACCCAAACAGUUGGACAUGGAGAGCGAUGACUGUAUUGAAGUUUACCAGGAACAAACUGGAGGCAUCUAGUCUAGAUAUGGCUGUGUAAUCAGAGACCAAAAUUACUGAGGGGGUUGGGGUGGGGUUGCCAGGGGAGAUCACUUGUGCGGAAACCGGCGACAUCAGAAUCUUUGUGUGUAGAAAGCACAUGUUAACAUUUUGUAGAUAUCUCAUUUCUCAUCCCCGAGAAAAUCUGACCUUGACCUUACGUUUUCCCUGUGCGACCCCCGUUAACAGGGGUGGGGGAAGGGAAGUGGGAGGGGUCAGGUUUGUGCGUAAAUCUUUGGUGUAGUUUGUAUUCUCGUCUAUGUUUAAGUUUCUGCUGGGAAAAGAAUCCACACUGCUCUUCCUCGACAGCAAUUUCUCUUCAUCACCAACAUGAAUCGUGGAACAGCUCUUCAAAUUAUUGGAUAUUAUAUGCUGAAGUCUGUAGAUUUCUUCAAGUGUUAAAGACUUUGUCUGUGUUUACAGACAUGUUUUUAAGAGGUGUUGUGCCCAAGGUGGAAUUGAAUCUUCAAAAGGAAUCCUCUCUUAAUGGAAUAUUUAUGAUCAAUUUGAUACAAGGCAGGAACAGAUGUCCGGUCAUUUUAUUUUCAGUUGGGUUGUUGAUGUUAUAAUUAAUCUUGUUCUGUCAGAUCCCAUAACAAUUUUUGGCCAUGUCCAGAUCAUCCGUUUUAAUGGCAGGUGAUUUUGUGUUUUUAUUUUUUAUUAUUUAGCACAACUGUCUUAAUUUCUGCGUAUUUGGUUUUUAGUGUAGAACAACUUGUGCAUUCACCUCUUGCAGAAUCACAUGUUUCUUCUGGAAUUUUUCAUUUUUAAUGUACAUCAGCAAAACUGUAAAUUUUGUAGACCAGAUCUGCUUUUAAUUGUUUUAUAUAGUGGAAUGACUAUCUGUAUGUAAGGUGGGGCACUUUUCCACCUCCUUAUGAUGAACUUCUACACACAGACACCGUUACAUUCAGAUGAAACUAAUAGUGCCAUACUGCUGCUUGUAGAAAGCACCGCAAAUCCCAAUUUACCCAGUUCGUGAAACCUUAGUUUUUCUUUCUGCAAGAUUUCUUGCCAGGCGUAAACAGUGGGAUUACAGUCACUAUUAAAAUUGAUAGCUGCUUUGAUUUUAACCGUUCCAUGUAAAAACACCUGUAGUUUUUAUGAUAGCUAAAGUUGUAGACUGUUGUCCGAAGUUGUAUGAACAAGCUGGUGUUUUGUGACUGCACCAGUUAUUCGUGGUGAAUUUACAUACUCUUGUAUAUGCAGCAUGUACUGGUGGCUAGAGUAGGGACUUAAUAACAGUUCUGUCAAAAUUCCGUCUUUUUGGUACAGACGUCAAGAAUGGUAUAGCGAUAUUUUUAAGUCUGUGACAAUUAUAGCACGUGGCUAUGGUAGGACACUGAUGACUGUAAUAAGUCCUUUGUGUACUUGCUCUCAGAGUUCCACGCUAAGUGUACACUGAAGUCCUGUGCGAAUUGUGAGAGUUGUAUCAUACGCCAGAACUCGGAACGAAGACGACUGAAUUUCCAACCCACUUUCGUUUCCACGGACUUGGGCGUAAACAUAUUCAACCUUUGGCCAAAUCAAAGUCCAUUUCUUUUGUUGUCCCAUACCAUGCUGAAAAGCAUAGUAUACUCCCUGGUAGAAUUUUGUCACACUGGACUUGAAUUCGGCAUUUUGAUAUCCCCGGUAUUAUUAAGUAGUUAUUGAGAAGUUCUGAAUAAACACACAGCAUUGACACUUGAUUCAUGUUAGGUAUUUUACCUCAAUUUUUACCAUUUUUCAUUCCACUAUAUAAACUGCUUCGUCAAAAACGAUAUCCCACAUGCUUUGUCUUUAAGAAUACAUAACGGGUGACAUGACUUAAAUAGGUAAUUGUUCAAGAUGCGAGUUGUUGGGAGUAUAUCUUUUUUGUUUUUCUUGAAAAUGCUACCCGUACAUUGUACACUUUUAACAAGAAAAUAAACAUUAUUUGAUGUGUAAAUGUGA